UACAAAAGUGGUUCUGUUGUUUCCCAGUUUCUCUCAUCAGUCACUAAGGAGAAAACACGCUGGUGUGAAAGACAGUUAACAUUCUUCAUCAUGGCAGUGAACAUCCCAGGAGUGAUUUUGAUGUUGCUCUUCUACCUGUUGGUCCUUGGGACCGGCAUCUGGGCUUCUUUCAAGUCCAAGAGGGAACAGAAGAAAAGUGGAGCCAAUGAGAUGGAGAUGACGUUACUGGGAAACCGGAGCAUCAACUGGGUGGUGGGGAUCUUCACCAUGACAGCUACAUGGGUUGGAGGAGGCUUCAUUGUGGGCACAGCUGAGAUGGUGUACACUCCGUCAAUGGGACUAACCUGGGCAGUCACGAUGUUAACUGCAUACAGCUUAUCUUUUAUUCUAUGUGGCCUGGUGUUUGCUAAACCACUAAGAGAAAUGAAGUGUGUCACAAUGAUGGACCCUUUCCACAUCAAGUAUGGACAAGUUCUGACAGCUGGACUGAGCCUGGCCUCAAUUUAUCUUGAUGUGAUGUGUGUGACUGUAAUACUGAUUUGUUUAGGUAAGUAA